UAGAGAAAAUAUAUUGGUACAAUUUGGUUAAUGAUUUUAAAUUUCCAUAGUAUCUAUAAAAUAUGUAGUAUCACUAUUAGAAGCCAUAGGAGCAAUUAUUAUUGUCAAUUCUAAAAUCGCAGUAUCAGCAUAAAAAUUGUGCAUUGUUGUUUUACUACAGUAUCGUGCAAUAACGACAAAAACAGAUAUUUGUCCUUGGCUGUUUAUAUAGCUAUGAUACAGUAAAUUUAUCCGUACAAAUAUUUCUAAAAAAGUAAGAAAAACAUUACACAAUUCUGUUAGAAAGAAAUAUCAAGUGGCAAUGAAUAAAAGAACAACAUUACUAUGUGCCACCAUAAUAACUUUUGGUCUUGGUUGCACUUAUCUAGGGUUAACAAUGAAAAAACCUGAUUCCGAUAGUUGGGAUAUUCUCAUAUUCACACAAACAUGGCCUACAACACUGUGUUAUACCUGGAAAGAACAUAAUGCAUCACAUGAAUGUCAUUAUCCGCCUGUUAAAAAUCAGUGGACAAUCCAUGGGAUAUGGCCUACCAAAUUAGGGACUAUAGGACCAGGAUUUUGUAAUAAGACCAUGGUAUUUGAUGAGAAUGCUCUCUAUGGUAUCAAAGAUGACUUGAAUAAGUACUGGACUGAUAUAGAAUUACCACAGUUAAAUGUUACUAUGGACAAAACAAAUACAAUUAAUAUCACAAAUGUUACAAUGAAUACAAAUAAUAUUACCGUCACAAAAAAAGAGAGUAUAUGGCAGCAUGAAUGGGAAAAACAUGGAACAUGUGCUGUGAGCUUGCCUUCAUUAAAAUCAGAAUUCUAUUACUUUUAUCAGGGCAUAACAUGGGCUAAAAAAUAUCCUAUGAAAGAUAUUCUUGAAAAAGCUGGUAUAGCUGUUAAUAGUUCAUUGACUGUUGAUGAUUAUUUAAAAAAAAUAAAAUCAGUUUUAAAUGUGAACGUAUAUGUAUUUUGUUUUCACAGAAAAGAUACAGACGAACAAUUAUUAAAUGAAAUAAGAAUAUGCUUUAAUAAAAAUUUAGAACUUAUUGAUUGUGACGGUAUAAAAAAUUCUCGAGGUUAUGGGAAAUCAAAUUCUCAAUUGACAAAUUGUGAUAAAAAAAAACCAAUUUUAUAUCUUGAUUAUGUAACUCCACACAACAAUUCUAACUCUAAUGAGCACUCAAAAGUGGUGCCCAUUACAAGAUCUAAACGUAGUUCAGUUAAUCAAGAUGGAGAGUGGACUGUUAAAACUUCUCGACAUUCUAAUAAAAGUAAUUCCAAUAUCAACAACACUUUAAGCCAAGAUUUAAAUCAACAAAAUAGAAAAUAUUCAAACAAUACAUUAAAAAAUCAAUUAAACAGAUCAAAUUCAUAUCAGCCAUAUUCCAAUACUGCAUAUUUUCCUAAAUUAAAUAGAUCAAAUUCUUUUCCAUAUAUUAUACGUAAUGAAUGGGACUAUUUAGUAUUUUCUCAAACAUGGCCAUACACAUUCUGUCAUACUUGGACAAUUGACUCAAGUAGCCAUACUUGUAAUUUACCACAAAAUCGUAACCAAUGGACAAUUCAUGGAAUCUGGCCAAAUAAAAUAGGUACUUCUGGUCCAUUUUAUUGUAACAAUCAAACAGUAUUGAACUUAGAUGUAUUAGAUAGUAUAAAGUCUGAAAUGAAAAAUCGAUGGACUGAAGUAAAAAAUUCUAAUUCAUGGUUAAACAAAAAAGAAGGAGAACUUUGGAAACAUGAGUGGACAAAACAUGGCACUUGUGCUAAAUCACUUCCAGCCCUUGACACUGAAUUGAAAUACUUUCAGCAAGCUUUAAAUUGGUCUAUAGAGUAUCCAUUGAAUAAUUUAUUAGCUAAAGGUGGUAUUCAAACUGAUGGUUCUUAUCCAUUAGCCCAAUAUUGGCAAACUUUAAUAACGGCUUUAGGCAAGAGGCCAUUUAUUGAUUGUUACACCGAUAAGAAAAACCAUGUAGUGUAUAUUGAUGAAGUUCGUAUCUGUUUUAACAAAUUAUUGAAACUUAUCGAUUGUGAUUCAUUUAGGCACCAUAAUGACAAACCAUAUACUAAUUGCCCCGAUAACAACAUCUAUUACCCUGGAGUCAAAGUUUAAAGCAUAAGCAAUACAACUAUUAUAAUUUUUACCAUAAAUAACAUUCAAUGAAUAGAAUUCGAAAACUUAAGAAAAAUUAAUUUACACAUUUUUCGUAAUAUAAUUUGAUCAUGUUUAUCUUGUAUCUAUUAUUUUAUAUAAACCAAUGGAUUAAAAAAAAAAAACCUAAAUUUGUGCAUAGUUAUUGAUAAUAUUAAAUCAG